UCAAAAAGUGGCGUAAACACCGCCCAAUGCGGUAAGCCCAGCCACUAGCACGCACGGCCUUCUUCUGUCCACAUUUUCCUUUGAGAUAGUAGCACCAAUCGUUGUGACGUUGUCGUCCCCUCUACGCAUUCAUCUCAAUGGUUCAUCGCAAAUCUUAUAUCAUUCAUGCACUUUGACACUUUCUGGCGCAGUCUUGCACUCGGCUCGCACGCAAGUUGCCGAGCAUGGCUUGCUUCGCGGAGUACAGCAACGUCAUCGCUGGGACAAAGCUGGAACACCAAGGUUCUAGUCUCGCGCAGGCCAGCAGGCAUAUAUUUCUCGUCGUCAAGGUGGUCGUCGCAAGGGUUGCAGAAGCGAGAUGGUGAGGAAGAGACACGUACCACCCAGCAACAUGACCCGUCAAUGGGCGAUGGGAGAGCCCUGGAUACAAGUACGAAGCAUGAUGCAGAUGUUGUACACGAAGUGACACCAGAGGCGAAAUCACGGCAUGAAGCUGCAAUUCAUUCACUGAGCGCUGCGAUCGAUGACGACAAAAGCUUCCCGACCACGAUGCCAUGGAUGCAUUACGUCAAACUCUUGCCUACACCCUCUGAUAAGAGAGCAGCGGCUCUUGCAUUGUUGGAGCUCUUACGGCCUCAUAUCAUACUAACGAGAUCAAUCUACAAGCGCACAUUGCCAGAACAAAAGGUACCACGGAAUCGCCUAAGGCGCCGACUCCGGCUCUUGUGCAAGCAUAAAGAUCAUAUCGUUGAAUAUGAGAAGCAGAUCAAAGCAAGCGGUGAGACUCCUGGCACAUACCCUGAGGAGAAGGAUACGACUCCCCGAAAACCUUUCACAGAAUCAGUUGAGAGAUCGCUUGCCAAUGAUGAGUACAUGGUAAAAGGUUGGUUCAUGCGCGUCGCUCCAAGGCUGCCGCCCGAUGAGCAAACGAGGCUCUUUCGUGAAACGACCGCAAUACUGUUGGCGAAGGCACGUGAAUACGGGCAUAGGGGCUCAACAAAGAGUCUCCAGAGACGCUCGAUUUCAGCACUUCUGCACGACAUCGACCAAUCGUACCGACAGCUUCGAAUACUUGGGCAUGCAUCUAUCGAUACUGCGACCUUGAGGCGGCCCCGAAACCCUUUCACGGGAGUUUCUCACCCUACCCUAAAAAACGAGAUCGAAGAGAUGGAGCGUUGGCGCGCAGCUCACAGUUCGCAUUACGAUGAAACACUAGAGCACUUGCAGCCAGCCACAAAGCUUGACGGGAUGUCAAAACACAUCCUUGAAAAGCAAGCCAGAGUUACCAGCCUUAAGCUAAUCUUUGCAGACGACUAUCUGCAGAGACUCCGCGCAAGAGGUACGCCUACAUCAUCAAUCAAGGCAGAGCCAGAUGCGAUAGGUCGGCUGGCGGGUGGUUACAGUAAAGGGUCCACUUCUGCUCGUGGAGUCCCGAAACCCGUGACGGUGCCGUACCAAGUGCAACACCAUAUUCUGGGUGACACCCACGAACGGUUCAAACGAGCCAUUUUCGCAUUUGGCCAACGUCAUUUUCCCGAAGCAAUGCAAGAGAAGAACUUAAAUGACCCUGAAGGGUUAUCGAUCAAGGACUUUGAAUGCCUCCUGGAGGAAGACGAAUUUUGGCGCGACCUGUAUAAGAUCAUCCAGAGGAGGCUUGAAUCACUUCGCUUCAUCCGAAAUGCGUAUGCACACGAGUUCACGGAGAUGAAUCUGGACCGCCUCGAGGAGUUGCUAGCUGAUGCCAAGAGCAUUGCUCGGCUACUUGAAGAUAGUUCCCUUGUCAAUCUGAUGCAAAAGUACAGGGACAUGCUAGCAGCAUAUAGCAAGAGAUAUGUAAACAUGUGCGCUGGCCCUAGGCGGUUGCUCUCCCGGAGAUUUGCGGCUGCAUACAGCGAGCGUAAGAUGGCGCAAAGUCGAUUAAACGCUUCCUGUAUAGCAACCCAUACGAAAGAGUAUCAUGCAGAGAAAUUACGCUUUCAACGCAAAUGCGAGGAAGCAAAGGCUUCUGCCAGAGCCGCGUACCUUCGAUUCGAGCUGACAUUGGCCAGCGAGCUGAAAGCUUUUGCGCUUGGUUCGUCAAUUCGAUAUCGCUUAGGGUUAGGAACCGCAUCUUGGGCUGCUAAUCUAGUGAAAACGCUUUAUGAAGAAUAUGCAACCACACACAACCUGCAAGAUGAAUCCUCAACGAAGGACCUCCAUCGAGACUCAGCCAUUGCGAAGCGGCAGGACAUAGAAGGACAAGGCCAAGACGCGAUCGUCAGCCCGGCCAGACCAGCAAAGGUGAAUACACAGACACCAUCCAAGAAACCUGCAAGGACUCUUGGCCACCGCCAUCGUUGGCUUGGAAUUACGCGGUGAGAGGAAGGGGACUAGGUGCCGACCCAAUAACGACAUUUCGCGUCGUCGCGAAUCCAAACACUCAAUGCAAUCCAGUUAGAAGAGCAGAUUGUCUACUCUGUUACCA